GUUGUUCUGGGUGAGUCCUGUUUGUGGUCCUCGGCGUUCUCUUAGAUCACCAGGAUGAGCUUCCUGCGCUCUUGAGGGGUGCGGAGACUGGGGAUAAAAGCAGGUCGGACCAGAUGUGUCUUGGUUUGGUGCGCUCCGCCUCAGGCCGCCGGUCCGCACGUGGCUGUGUUCGGGCCUGCAGGUUCCCGCACUUCUCUGGGGGCGGGCGGACGUCGCGCUCGAGUUGAGGCCCCAGGCUGGGCUUCCGGUCAGCCCGGGCUGGGGGUACGUCGAAAGCUGGCUAGAGCACCCUGCCGUGCUCCUUUCGGACACCGGCUCGGCGAUUCCCAUCGUAACUUAAAGGGAAAUUUUCACAAUGUCCGGAGCCCUUGAUGUCCUGCAAAUGAAGGAGGAGGAUGUCCUCAAAUUCCUUGCAGCAGGAACCCACUUAGGUGGCACCAAUCUUGACUUCCAAAUGGAACAGUACAUCUACAAAAGGAAAAGUGAUGGUAUCUACAUCAUAAAUCUGAAGAGGACCUGGGAAAAACUUCUGUUGGCAGCUCGGGCCAUUGUUGCCAUUGAAAACCCUGCCGAUGUCAGUGUCAUAUCCUCCAGGAAUACUGGCCAGCGAGCUGUGCUGAAGUUUGCUGCUGCUACUGGAGCCACUCCUAUUGCUGGCCGCUUCACUCCCGGAACCUUCACUAACCAGAUACAGGCAGCCUUCCGGGAGCCUCGUCUUCUAGUGGUUACUGAUCCCAGGGCUGACCACCAACCUCUCACAGAGGCAUCUUAUGUUAACCUGCCUACCAUUGCUCUGUGUAACACAGAUUCUCCUCUGCGUUAUGUGGACAUCGCCAUCCCUUGCAACAACAAGGGAGCUCACUCAGUAGGUUUGAUGUGGUGGAUGCUGGCCCGGGAAGUUCUCCGCAUGCGUGGCACCAUCUCCCGUGAACAUCCGUGGGAGGUCAUGCCAGAUCUCUAUUUCUACAGAGAUCCUGAAGAGAUUGAAAAGGAAGAGCAGGCUGCUGCUGAGAAAGCUGUGACCAAGGAGGAAUUUCAGGGUGAAUGGACUGCUCCAGCUCCUGAGUUUACUGCUACGCAACCAGAGGUGGCAGACUGGUCAGAAGGCGUGCAAGUGCCCUCUGUGCCUAUUCAGCAGUUCCCCACUGAAGACUGGAGUGCCCAGCCUGCCACUGAAGACUGGUCUGCAGCUCCCACUGCUCAGGCCACUGAAUGGGUAGGAACAACCACUGAGUGGUCUUAAGCUGUUCUUCCACAAGCUCUUAAACAAGAUGGAAAUAAAGGAGGAAAAUAAACAUCAGUUU